AUGAUGAACAUUCAAACCCUACCAAACCAAUUCAUCAUCAACGACCACAAUCAUCAUCAAGAAUCAAACACAUCCAAUCCGACAGCCUUCGAAACACUCCGACACCUAGCCUCCGGCAACGCCGUCGUCAUCUUCGUCAUCAGUGGUUGUUGUAUGUGCCACGUUGUCAAACAGCUCUUGUUCGGUCUAGGUGUCGGACCGACCGUGGUCGAACUAGACCGUCACGGCUCAACCGGCCGGGAAAUGCACGCCCUCCUCCGUCAUUUCGCCAGCGAAGGUCAGCAGCCGGUGCCGGCGGUAUUCGUCGGCGGGAAGUUUCUCGGCGGAAUUGAAGCCGUUAUGAGUUGUCAUAUAAAUGGAACUUUGGUACCGUUGCUUAAGGAUGCCGGAGCUUUAUGGCUUUGA